UCGUCUCGGCGACAUCAAGUCUGUAUUCCUCACACGCAUCGCUUAGAUUUCCGCGAUAUCCACUUUGCUCGAAAUGACGUCCUCUCCGUGAUAACUGAUCGUGUAUCCGUGCAGUGAGGAGGAGGAGGAGGCCAUGGAGAUCACCCUGAGGAGGUCUCCAGUGGGAUGGAUGGAGAUUGAGCACCAGUUCACCCAGAGUCCAUGAGCUGAAGCUGCGGAGGCACACAGCUGCUGUCGCGCGGCGCGAUCUCGACUCAAGCCACGGAGAGACGCCCGAACCGGGAGAGAUUUGUACCGGAGAGCUUCGGUGAACGGAGGAACGGUCGCGCUGAAUCUUCCUCGGCCGCUAAGGUUUCAUUUGAAGGGACAAGUUUUUUUUUUUUUUUUACCUGCUGAAAGACAGAAACGUCCCCCUGAAAGUUUCCGUGCGUAAAAGUUGGCUAUUUUCCGCGGUCCACGGGCCCGUCCAGCACCCCGGUUUUUCUGCUUCCGGUAUCAACAUAGAAGAAAAGAUUAAUUUGCUUUAGCUCACCCACCACGCUGCUUUUUUUUUUCGGGAGAAGUUUUUUUUUCUAACGGAGUAAAAUGGUUCUUUGAGACUGUUGGCAAUAUUCCCCGCUUCACGAUGGCCACCGAACCGUUUCUGGUGAAUGAAGACCCGUCCAGAGGUCCUGGGAUACCAGAGUGCUUCGUAGUGUCGGAUUCCUACAGGGAUGAAUUUCAUCCCUUCAUCGAGGCUUUGCUGCCACACGUCCGUGCGUUCUCCUACACCUGGUUCAACCUCCAGGCCCGCAAGCGCAAGUACUUCAAGAAGCACGAGAAGCGCAUGACAAAGGACGAGGAGCGCGCCGUCAAAGACGAACUCCUGGGCGAGAAGCCCGAGAUCAAGCAGAAGUGGGCGUCCCGUCUGCUCGCCAAGCUCCGCAAAGACAUCCGGCCGGAGUUCCGUGAGGACUUCGUGCUCACCAUCACGGGGAAGAAGCCGCCGUGCUGCGUGCUGUCCAACCCCGACCAGAAGGGCAAGAUCCGCCGCAUCGACUGCCUGAGGCAAGCGGACAAGGUCUGGCGCCUGGACCUGGUGAUGGUUAUCCUGUUCAAGGGAAGUCCUCUGGAGAGCACAGACGGAGAGAGGCUGAUCAAGUCACCGCAGUGCUCCAACCACGGCCUCUGCGUGCAGCCGCACCACAUCGGAGUGUCCGUGAAAGAACUGGACCUGUAUCUGGCCUACUUUGUCCACACGCCAGAAUCUGGACAGUCGGAUAACUCCAACCAACAAGGAGAUGCAGACAUCAAGCCUCCGCCCAAUGGGCACUUGAGUUUCCAGGACUGCUUCGUGACGUCAGGCGUAUGGAACGUGGCGGAGUUGGUCCGUGUGUCACAGACACCAGUUGCCACAGCAACCGGACCCAACUUCUCUCUGGCCGACCUCGACAGUCCAGGAUAUUACAACAUCAACCUGGGUCGCCGCUCUAUUACGUCCACGCCAUCAACCAGAACUGAGAUGGAGUUGUAUGCCUGUCUCCCGCGGAGCUCCAACAAGCGUAAAUCCAUUGAUGACAGUGAGAUGGAGAGCCCAGUGGACGAUGUCUUCUAUUCGGGCCGUUCUCCUGCCCCGGGAGCGUCCCAGCCCAGCGGCUGGCCCAAUGAUGUUGAUGCAGUGCAGCACCAUUUGGCCAGUAUGCAGGAGAGGAAGAUAAAACACGAAAACGAUGGCGUGCAGUUUCCUUACCAUGGACUCUCGUCGCCUGGUUCUCUUAAGAAGUCGGGGAAAUUCGAUUUCAGCGCUCUGUCCAGCCAUACGAGGUCUGCACGCAUGCCGUUCACCCAUCACCCGCUGCCCAUGCUGGCAGGUGUAAGACCAGCAGGAAGUCCCCGUGCCUCAGCUUCCUCCCUGCACUUCCCCUCACCCUCCAUCAUACAGCAGUCCAGCCCAUACUUUACCCAUCCCACCAUCCGAUACCACCACCACCCGGGACAGGACCCGCUCAAGGAGUUUGUGCAGUUUGUGUGCUCCGACGGAUCAGGCCAGGCUAGUGGUCAGCCGAACGGGAGCGGCCAGAGCAAAAUGCCGGGCUCCUUCUUGCUGCCUCCACCCCCCCCUGUGGCGCGUCCAGUGCCCCUCCCAAUGCCAGACUCUAAACCCAGCAGCACGCCCCCCGACGGCGGACUCACCUCACCCACAUCUCCUUCAUACUCCUCGCCAGGCUCCACAGCUCCCAACAGGUUUGUCAGCAUCGGAUCACGGGACAACAACUUUCUGAACAUACCCCAGCAGACGCAGUCAUGGUUCCUUUGACGAGGUCCUGCCUGCAACCUGUCAACACUAUUUGGAAGUUUUAUUACAAAAAAAAAAAAAAGUAAAAUAAAAUCCUGUUUAAAAAUCCC